AUGGAUUUUGAUGCUUGGCUUGUUAGUUAUAUAAGUGAUGAUCAACCAUUUGAAUAUUUUAUUUAUAGACGUUCUAAAAAGAGGGCAGAAUAUUUAUUUACUACAAGACCUGAAUUAACUGGCCGUAAAUUGAGUAAAAUGAUUGGCUUUGAUUAUUCUGCUCGUGAUGGAUUACGAAUUCAAGCAUAUUUAAGUUUGCCUCCUCAAACUCCAUUGUUGGGUCCAGCUCAAUUACACGGUGAUCGGUUAGAAUUAGCUCGUCAAGGAAUGCUACCGAAAAAACCCCAAAGACUCAUUGUAUUAAUCCAUGGAGGUCCAAAAUUGAGAGAUUUUUUUGGUUUUGCCGCUAUAAAUGCUUGGUUAACGAGUAGAGGAUAUGCUGUUUUACAAGUUAAUUUUCGUGGAAGUGUUGGUUUUGGUAAAAAUUUAACAAAUGCUGGUAAUGGAGAAUGGGGACGUAAAAUGCAUCAGGAUUUAUUAGAUGGAAUUGAUUUUCUUGUUCAUAAUGGAAUUGCUGAUAAAAGACAAAUAGCUAUAAUGGGAGGGUCUUAUGGAGGAUAUGCAACAUUAGUUGGAAUGACAGUUAGUCGUCGUUAUUUAAAAAGUCGUUCACCUUUAUAUUUUGCAAAUAGAGUAAAACAUCCAUUAAUGAUUGUGCAUGGAGCUAAUGAUCCGCGAGUUAAACAAGCUGAAUCCGAUCAAUUUGUUGCUGCUUUAAUGAAAAAUCAUAUUCCAGUUACUUAUAUUGUAUUCCCAGAUGAAGGACAUGGACCUAGAAAACCACACAAUACUCUUGCAAUGGCUGGCUUUAUUGAAGAAUUUUUACAUAAAUGUUUACACGGAGAUGUUGAACCCUUCCAUUUAGGUCAAUAUAAUUCAACUGCAGUUUUACUUUCUGAUGCAAGAAAAGAAAUAAAAAAUGGAGGAGAAAAGGAAGAAGCAAAAGAAUUUUUCUUCUUAAAUGAUAAUUUAAAUAAAGUUUUUAUCAAAAAAUCAGAAAAAUUACCCUCACUAAAUAUGAGAAAGUUAAUCGAAAAAUUUGGAAGAAAAGCUGAAUUAAUGAGGUGA